AUGGACGACCACCAAGAUGGCUUCUCAACGGCCUUCGAUCCCUCCUCAGCACUCUUCAACAUGCCUUAUUCGACAAUGUUGCCAGAUCACGAACACGAACAUUUUUUCGGUGGAACCCUCUCAAUUUCUCACGACGAGUCCUGCUUGGACAUGAAGUUUGACCACACUGCUUGCAGGGGUCCCGAGAACAACCAUCAACAUCACCCCGUACCCAACCACAACCACCCUCGAACCAACCUGAGCUCGAUACCGAUGCUCCAGCGAAGACACCAUAGCAUCUCUGCGAUGCCAAACUUGCCCAACUUCUUCGACGCCAAGGACCAGCCGCCUGUUGGCUUUGGCACGAAUGCCCUUAUGUCACCAACUGCGCACGUGGACUUCGGUGCCAUGAUCCAUACCGACUCUAGUACCAACGUCGAAGACGACAGUACGUCAAUAGGGUGCAGCAGUCUGAACUGCGAUCAGUGCGCGAGCGACUGCGGCGGCAGUGACGCCGGCGAUGUCUGUCGAGCCAUCGAGUGCGGUUCAAUCUGCAACGACACCAAGUGCAAUGAGCCUGCUUCGCCCUGCGAAAAAGCCGAGUGUAUGACUGGCUCGCUCUCGGAGAAGGACAAGGCUGCCGCAGACGUGCUGGCAUCUUUCGGCGGGGAGAGCUCUCUGGGCCAAGACACGAUGUCUACUACAUCGAUGCCACCGCUGCCAGCUUCCCAUUUCUUCUCCGCCCACAGCUCCUUCGAAAACAGAGGGAUUUCAACGGCCAGCCAAGGAUCUUUCCACAACGGAGGACUGCCUUCGACGAUGGUCCAGUCGAACAUUGGCGGGUUCUACCAGUGCGAUGCCGACUUCCUUCUCAACACUUAUAUGGAUACGAAUAUGGACGGCAAUGCCGUCUGGGCGUCAUGGGCGGCGCAUAUUGCCAAUGAGCACGCUUCGGGGGCUUGUGUGCGUCCUUGUCUGAUGGAGCAAAAUCUCCCUUUCGACAACACCAAGUGUCCCAUGCCUCAUCAGGUGUAUGCCCAUCCAGGUCAAGAGUACUUCUGCGUUCCUUCUGGCCAGGCACAAAACCUUGUUGCCUGCGGUGCCGAGUUUAACAGCACUACGGAUCUCAUUCAGCAUAUCUUCACGGAACACCAACAUCAACACUCAGACGGGGAUAACCUUGGCUAUUUCCCGGAAGCACAUCCGCCUACACUGCCUCUGAUGGCUUCUCAGCAUCACGAACUACAUGCCCAUCCACGUUCAUCGGGCCCUGUACACGUCCCCAUGAAGCUCCCCCAGAACAGGGCAUCUUCAACAAACUCCUCUAUCUCGAGACCCCUGACAGCCUCGUCGCCAGUAGCAUCUCCCAACACUGCUCCUUCCGAGGCCAGCCUUGUGACAUCGGAGCAGUUUGCUUGCAAGUGGCACAAGGAAGAAGAUGGCCAGGUUUGUGGCUUGAUUUUUCAAAAGGACGAGCUUCUGCAGAGUCAUUGUCGUGAGCAGCAUCUCAAGGACUUGAACAAAACGGAUAAGGGCUUCAAAUGCCGGUGGGAGGGUUGUUCCCGAGACGGGCACUUCACGCAGAAGAGCAAGCUGGAGCGCCAUCUGCAAACACACACUGGGUUCAAGCCAGUUCAAUGCACUGUUUGCGGUCUGGCACUCUCCGCGAAACAGUCUCUUGCUCAGCACAUGCGUAUUCAUACUGGAGAAAAGCCAUGGGUAUGCCAGCACCCGGGUUGCGAUGCUGCUUUCAAGCAGCAAAGCGCUCUCACGAUGCAUAUGCGAACCCAUACCGGCGAGAAGCCCCUGAGCUGUGACGUAUGCGGCAAGGCGUUCGGCGAGUCCUCUAACCUAUCAAAACACCGAAAAACCCACAAUGUCAAGGGUGCCUUCAAGUGUGAUUUCUGCGACAAGGACUUCCACCGACUUGACCAGAAGCGGAGGCACGAGAAGACUCAUAGGGCCAAGGAGAAUGUCGGCGCUACUAUGGACGUCGAUACGUCUCACACUAUCAGAAAGACCCAGGGUGGCCGAGUCACGAAGAAUACGAAGUGA